AGUGACGAGUUAGAAGGCUAGCCAUAUUGUAAUUGGAUAUAAGUUUUAGAUAUGAAUCAUGAUCUUGUAUUUGGAGAUUUUAUUGGAGAUUUAUGAUAUCAGAGAGAAUUUUAUAAUUUGAUCUUCAGAUUUUGAUGGUAUCAGAUUGUGGUGUGAUAAGUUCCGAGCCUUGUGCAUUUGUGGGACCCGUCUCAUGAGUGCACGGCGUCUAUCACGCCUCGGAUUUGGUUGGCUUAACAAGAGGAUUGGAGUUACCCUUGCUCAUUUUGAUAGGAAGUUGGGUCCCAAACCUCACAUACGGCAUGCUCCUAACUCGACCUUGGCUUGGAGAAGUCAAAGAGGAGGUGCCAUAGGAAAGGUUAAUAAAUCGUAUGUGGAAGUAGUAAAGGGAUCUAAAAUUAAAAUGUCGAGAAUCCUCGAAGGAGAUGGAAUAAAUGCUUAGAAGUUCUAUUAUAGCAACAUUAAGAGGUUUCCUUAGUGUUGAUUUGCUGCAUCAAUCUUUUAUCGCAGAAGGUAUAUGUUAGAUAUCAGAGUAAAACAUGUUGGUGGCUUUUGAUUCAUGUUCCAAUAUUUGGAUGAGGAUCUUUUCAAGGUGAUGAAGGAGGAUGGUUGGAGCUGAUUGCUUCACCGCUUUAGAAAGAUUGAAAUGUGGUGUCUAGAAUGAACUAAUAACCAUUAG